AUGCUGCUGAAAUCGUUAACUAUUUUAUUUCACAUACUCUAUCCAUUAGUUUCCAAUAACUUAGUUGAAACUUGUGGAUGUCAGCCGCGGUCAUACAAACCAUAUCUAGAACGACCAAAAUUUUUAGUGAAAUUGGCAAAUUCUCAUAAAUUAAAUGAUCUUGCGCUUAUCGGUACUCAUUCGUCAUUUUCUUACAAUCUGCCAAAUAAAGAGGUACAAACACAAGAUUUGAAUAUUGUACAGCAAUUAAAAUAUGGAAUACGUGUUUUAGAUAUCAGUGUUCGUCCCCAAUUUAAUGUAUUCGAAAUUUAUCCGUUUAAUUAUUCGAAAAUUUUUAAUUUAGACGAUGCAAUAGAGAUAGCUAAUAAAUUUUUGGACUCUAAUCCUGGUGAGCUUAUAAUUAUGUAUAUAAAUCAAGAUCAUCCCUCUACAUACGAUAUAACCUUGAGUAAUUGUGAUAUUAUGAAUUUUUACAUAAACGAUAUUUCUAAUGGAAAACGUUUGGUGAAAAAUUGGCAGCUAAAUGAUACUAUUGGACAGCACCGUGGAAAAAUUUUAUUAGCGAGUACGGAUCAUUCAUUUGACAAUUGUACUUUGUAUUUGAAGGAUCAUUGUUUAAUUCAGAAUAAUAAGGUGAUUCAAAAAACAACAAAAUCGAUUACUAUUGAAGCAAAAUGGUGGCAUAUUUAUCAAUUAAGAUUGAAAAGUUCAACUGGUUCGUAUAAAUGUUAUAUAAAUGAUCUGAGUCUUUUCGAUGGUAUUCAUAAUCGGCAUCAGAUUGCAAGAGAUGGUGGUUUCACUUAUCUCAACGGCUGUGCUAAACCAUUGAACGAUCAGCUAACCAAAUUUUUUACAAACUCACAUCGUGCUUUGAGUAUUGUACUGGCUGAUUAUCCUACUCAAGAGUUAAUGGACACAAUAAAUAACAGCAAUUUUUCCUAA